AUGAUCUCGAAUGCUUCAGAAAAAGAACGCUUUAUCAAAGCAAACGAUUCGACUUACAAUGCUCAGUUCAAUUAUGCGACAAAUUACAUAAAAACAUCGAAGUACAGCUUGUUGACGUUCCUGCCUCUGAAUUUAUUCGAACAAUUUCAGCGGCUAGCCAAUUUCUACUUCCUGUGCCUAAUGAUGUUGCAGAUGAUUUCGAUUAUAUCAUCAUUGACACCUAUAACCACUUCGAUACCACUGGUCGGCGUGCUAACGAUCACUGCCAUCAAAGACGCCUACGACGAUUAUCAAAGGCAUGCCAGCGACGACCAAGUGAACAACCGCAUAUCGAAGACUGUCAGAAACGGCCAUGUAGUGAACGUGAAAUGGAAGGACGUGCACGUGGGGGACGUGAUUUUAAUGGAAGACGGGCAGUUUGUGGCCGCCGACGUGUUGCUGCUGUCUACGAGCGAGCCAAGUGGUCUGUGUUUCAUAGAAACCGCAGAAUUGGACGGUGAAACCAACCUCAAGUGUCGGCAGUGUUUGGCCGAAGUGGCGGAUCUUGCACACGAAGUGACGGACUUUGACGGCUUCAUUCGGUGCGAAACCCCAAACAAUUUGCUCAAUAAAUUUCACGGUGUUUUACAGUGGAAUAAAAAAGAAUUGAUUUUAAACAAUGAUCAUAUUAUCCUAAGAGGAUGUGUGCUAAGAAACACGGAAUGGUGUUAUGGGAUGGUGAUUUUUGCCGGGAGGGAAACGAAACUCAUGCAAAAUUCAGGAAAGUCAAAAUUCAAGCGGACCAAUAUUGAUCGGCUGCUCAACUUUCUCAUCAUUGGGAUCGUAUUGUCCCUUUUUUUACUCUGCCUGUCUUGUAUGAUCGGAUCUGUCUUCUGGGAAUUCAAAACCGGUUGGUAUUUCCAGACGUAUUUACCCUGGGACUCACUAGUACCGUCCGACAAGAUAGCCGGAUCGAUUACCAUAGGGACUUUGGUGUUUUUUUCGUACGCCAUCGUUCUCAACACAUUAGUGCCAAUUUCUUUAUAUGUAAGCGUCGAAGUAGUGCGAUUCGUGCAGAGUUUUUUUAUAAACUGGGAUGAAAAAAUGUAUGAUAAACAGUCUGGUACCGCAGCUAAAGCUAGGACUACGUCACUGAACGAAGAACUUGGACAGAUUCAGUAUAUAUUUUCAGACAAGACUGGUACUAUGACCAAGAACAUCAUGACGUUUAACAAGUGUUCAAUAAACGGUAUUGUUUAUGGUGAUCAGAGCGAAAUCCACUAUGGAAAAUCAGACGACGUUAUUAAGACGUACAUGGACAAACAGACGCCUUCCGCAGUCAUCAGGAGUUACAAUAAUACGCACCACAACAAAGUAGAUCAAGGUGUCAGAAGAGUAACUAUAAAUCCUACGUUGCACUUGGUUGGACCACCUCCGGUAGAUUUUUCGUGGAAUCCUCAGUAUGAAUCCGACUUCCUGUGGUAUGAUCAGAGUCUAGUAGACGCCGCACGGCAAUUCAAUAACGAAACCGAAAACACAGUGGUUACAUUUUUUGAAAUAUUGGCUUUAUGUCAUACGGUCAUGCCUAGCUGGAAAAACGGAAUUUUAAAAUACCAAGCUCAAUCGCCCGACGAGUCAGCACUUGUUUCGGCGGCUAGAAACUUCGGUGUUGUCUUCAUAGAGCGAACUCCAAACAGCGUGACGAUCGAGAUCAUGGGCGAAAUCAAAGUGUACGAACUCCUAUGUAUUUUGGAUUUCAACAACACCAGGCGCCGCAUGUCCGUGGUGUUCAGGGAAAACAGUAAAAUACGUCUCUACUGCAAAGGGGCCGAUAGUGUGAUAUUCAACCGCCUGGAGCCGGGAAACGACGAAUACAAAGCUACGGCUUUGCAACAUUUGAAUGAAUUUGCAGGUGACGGACUACGUACGCUUUGCUGCGCGGUCAGGGAUAUUGACGAUGAGUUUUUCGAUUCGUGGAAACAUAAGUACAUGGAUGCUGCCGCGGCCCGGACUGACAGAGAAGAGAAGCUCGACAACGUCUACGACGAAAUAGAAACCCAUCUGAGUUUAAUCGGUAUAACCGCUAUCGAAGACAAAUUACAGGAUGCCGUCCCUAAGACUAUAUCUAACUUGCUCAUGGCGGGAAUGUAUAUUUGGAUGCUCACUGGAGACAAACAAGAAACUGCCAUAAAUAUUGGAUACUCUUGUCAACUACUAAACGAUGAGAUGGAACUAUGGAUAGUUGACGGAAACACUCAGGACCAAGUAGAAUAUCAGCUCGACCAGUGUAACAAUUCGCUUUUGGGCGUUUCGGAACAACAUCGAUCGGAAAGAAAUAGUAUGGCUGCGAGUGUCGUACGAUUUAGCGAACCCGAUGACGUUGAAAUGCAAGAUAGUGAAGAGCGUAUGUACGCUUUAGUCAUCAAUGGCCAUUCAUUGGUGCACGCGUUGCACACUGAGCUUGAGUAUAAAUUUGUGGAAUUGUGCACAAAGUGUAAAGCGGUAAUUUGCUGUCGAGUAACACCUCUUCAAAAAGCAAUGGUGGUGCAGCUCAUUAAAAAGUACAAGAAAGCUGUGACGUUGGCAAUCGGCGAUGGUGCUAACGACGUGUCAAUGAUAAAAGAAGCUCACAUAGGUGUGGGAAUCACUGGCCAGGAGGGAAAUCAGGCGACACUGGCAUCCGACUAUUCUCUAGGACAGUUUCGAUUCUUGGAAAGAUUGCUUCUGGUCCAUGGCAGGUGGUCGUACUAUAGAAUGUGCAAAUUCUUGCGUUAUUUCUUCUACAAAAACUUGGCGUUUACUCUUUGUCAUAUUUGGUUCGGAUUCUUUUGUGGUUUCAGCGCUCAGACGAUUUUCGAUCCUUUUUACAUAUCCGUUUAUAAUAUGUUUUACACCGCACUGCCAGUACUGGCAAUCGGGGCUCUGGACCAGGACGUUAAUGAUUCAAAAAGUAUCAUGUACCCAAAACUCUACACGCCAGGAAUCCAAAAUAUGUUUUUCAACACUAAAGAGUUUUUUAAGUGCGCGGCUUUGGGAACGUACGCUUCGCUAGUGAUAUUUUUUGUACCUUAUGGUGCCUAUUUUUAUGGUAUGACCUCGAGUGGAUUGAACGUUUUAGAUCAUAUGUACAUGGCAGAAGUCGUUGCAAUGAUUCUGGUCACUGUCAUGACCGUACAGGUAGCUUUUGAUACGUCAUACUGGACUGUAAUUAACCAUAUUGUUAUCUGGGGAUCUUUGGCACUAUUCUUCGUUGCUGAAUGGAUUUAUAACUAUCUCAUCGGAGGAAUCUAUGUAGGAUCUUUGGCAAUGGCAAUGCAACAACCAACAUUUUGGUUGGUGACGUUACUCGUUGUGGUUGUAAUUGUGAGCCCUGUGGUUGCUUGGCGUCUGUAUUUUCUGGAAACGAGGCCCGUUCUUACCGAUAAACUCCGUUUGAAGCAACUGAGGCAAACGAGGCAAGUAUCGGGAACUGGAACGCGAUCGAUGUCAGUGAGGCACAAACGACGUUCGAUUAGGUCAGGAUAUGCAUUUGCUCAUCAAGAAGGAUUUGGGCGACUGAUUACUAGUGGAAAAAUAAUGAGAACGCCAAGGAAUAGCGAAACGUUUAUUGAUCGAAAAAAUUCGAAUAUAUCUGAUGUUACUUUAUAA